GCUGUCUUGGAAAGAAUACUUUGGGGAGUCAGGAGGUGCAGAAUGCGAAGACAUUUCAGAUUGCUUGAAAAGUUUGGUCUGGUGUGCAUUGGAACUCUGGGAUUGGUAUACAUUUUCAGUCACAACAGCCCAUCGGAACCGAUUGAUGUUGUGUCCCGGGAAGAGCACCAACCUGUCGGCUUGCCUGACCUCGUUGCUGUCCAAACAGAGAAACCCAAGCACAUUCCCACGUGCAGAGAAAACACGAGUGUCUCGAGUUUGCCAACAUUUGCGGUUCAGCCGCAGAAUGUGAAGGACUUUCUGAGGUACAAGCACUGCAGGGAUUUCAAUCUCAUCCAGAACGUGCCCAAGAAAUGUGGAGGGCCAGAGAACUCUCACAAUGUCUUCCUGCUGUUGGUGAUCAAAUCCGACCCCUUCAAUCACGACCGACGGGACAUGGUGAGGAGGACCUGGGGGAAGGAGCGGAGAUUCCAAGGGGUCCAGAUCAAGCGGGUCUUCAUCACCGCCCUGUCUCCCAAUGAACAUGAGCAGGCGAAGUUGAACCGGGUGUUGGAGCUGGAGAACCGGCAACACCGGGACAUCCUGCAGUGGGACUUCCUGGACACCUUCUUCAACCUGACCCUCAAGCAGUUCAAACUGUUGCAGUGGCUGGACGUCUAUUGUCCCAAGGCCCAGUUCAUCUUCAAUGGAGAUGAUGAUGUCUUCGCCAACAGCGACAACAUGGUGGAGUAUCUGCAGGGCAUGGAAGCUGGUAAGAAAGGAGGCCAGCAUCUCUACGUGGGACAUCUCAUCGCCGGUGUGGGCCCCAUCCGAGAGAGGUGGAGCAAGUACUAUAUCCCUGAGGUGGUGACCUCCUCCCAGUCCUACCCACCUUACGCUGGCGGAGGGGGCAUCCUCAUGUCGCGGCACACAGCCAGUGUCAUUUACAGCGUAGCCCGGGAGAUCGAGGUCUUCCCCAUCGACGAUGUGUUCUUCGGCAUGUGCCUGGAGAAAGCGGGCCUGGCCCCCAAGUCGCACAUGGGUUUCCGGACGGCUGGGGUCUGGGUACCAUCCCCCGAAGAUGACUCGUUUAACCCGUGUUACUACCGGGAGCUGCUCCUGGUGCACCGCUUCCGGCCGUAUGAGCUGCUCCUGAUGUGGGAGGCUGUGCACAACAGCAGCCUCCGCUGUGCACGCUCACCUCUGAGGGUGGCACUGCCACAGACGUAGGGCAUGGUGCUGCUCCGGAUGCCACACUGGGGGGGGUGUGUGUAUCUUGGAAGAAACCCUUCCCAAAAUACUUCAGCAGCUGACCCGUCCCCUUCCUAGCCUGCUUUCCAACCCCCCCUCCAACAGGGGGAUCUCCUGUUUUGAUGAUUAUCCAGUCGCUCUCCUUCUGAAACCAUGGCCCUCCAGCCACUGACUUCUCCGGGAUGUCAACCAUGUGGGGCAUCGCAGUUCAGUCCAAGGUGCAGCUGGUUUUAUGGUCUGGUGUCCCACUGAGGCUUAUGCAGAAUGACUAAGAUCAGAAGCUCUGUUGUGUUGUCACACACACACACACACACACACACACACACACACACACACACACACACACACACACACACACACCCCAACAAACACUGAGCCACGCACGCAAUCUGUGCCUUGAGCCAAGUUCUCUUGUGCCUGGACAGUAUUUCCAAUUAUUUUAACACUCCUUGUUCCCCACCCCAACCUCCAUACCAAUCUUUAUGCCCCACCCAAAGCCCAGAGGGAUUAAUAACAAUUUAGCAGAGGAUCAUCCUAUCUAGAAUCCAUGAGUUUGGUUCAGGGGGAGAAUCAUUCCAAGUUGUUCAUGAGCCAUUUCAAUGCUGCAGUGUGGUGUGAGUGGUUGGGUGAGAUGGGGUCAGUGGGUGGCCUGGAUGUGCUGAAUACCAUCCCUCAUCCUCUUAAUUCCAACUUGAUCCCAAGGUUUCCAUCCAGUGGACAACCCGAAGUGAACAGUCUUCCUCUUCCUGGUUUCCUUUUUGAUCAAGGGAGUGGGUUUAACUUCCCAAUUCUUGUUUUGAUAAGGGCGACACCUCCAUGAUGCAAAUUUAGACUCUGAUACUGAUUUUGUAUUUUUCUUCUUCACUUAAGAAGAAGCUAUUGUUUAUACUAAUGGUGAGAUUGUUUAAAAAAAAUUGAAGAAAGCUAUUUCCUCAUUUUAUUAUUUUAAGUGGAUUUGUUCAGACUAAGCAGCCUGUGCAUGAUCAAUGACAAAGAGACAGAGGAAUAUGAAAGUUACUGUCAGACAUAAGUGAUGUAACAAAUCCUAUGUUCAAAAAUACUUUGGUCUAAAGUCCCCAAAAUGUGUAAAAAGCAUUAAAUAAAUACAAUCUGUCUUUCUACCAAGAUUUAAAUGCAACUUCCAA